ACGAUUGCCGAUAUACAUGUCGGAGGCGACAGCAACUCUUCUUUCGCGCUGUGCGCUGUGCGAAGUGACAGUGGAUGGGAGACCAGACCAGUGCGUGACAGACUGUGGCCACGUGUUCUGCGUCUCCUGCGCGUGCCGGUACCUUGGCCACAACAAGAACAGAUGCAGCGUGUGUCAAGCACAUAUCAAAAUUGUGCGACAGAUGGACGCAUUCGGGAACGAAGCGCAGCGCGAAAAGCCAUGCAGCGUCAAAUUUUGCAACGUCACGUACAUCUUAUACGUGAGCAUUUGGAGCGUAGACGAUCCGACCAGCAAGCUGGCAUCGUUGUUUUACCUCGACCAUGCUCGCUUGAUUCAUCAAGGCAAGAUCAUCAAAAAGGGUGACGUGUGGCCAGGCACCGUUGUGCAGUUGGUAGGCACGAAGAAGGAUGCCGGGACUCCAUUGCAUGCCGCCAUAGCUUCGUCCAAUUCCACGCCGACACCGUCCAUGCUAACGUCAGUUUGGGCGACGCUCAUUGCGUGGGCGGGGGCUGCGUUUGCGUUGAUCCUAUCCCCACUCAAGUUGAUCUACUUAUUCUUUCACUCCAUGGUACACGGAGACGACUACCAAGCGCUGCCCCAGCGACGGUAUGCGCCGCCGGUCGAUGCCCCCCUUCAGGCAACUACUUCGUCCUUUCAGCUACCAGGAGCAGUGCCCCUGCCGCCACCCACCGACACGGUCGAGUAAUAGCGAGCUAUUAAUGAACAAACACUUCAACA